AGAUAGUUUAUACUUCAGAACUUUACAUUUGACUGCUAAAGAAAGGGAAUAACGGACUUUAAUGUGAAAAUGGCUCCAAGAAAAACACGUGAUUCUGGCUGUUGCAGUGUGAAUUUUUUAAAAUAUGUCUUACAUUUGUAUAAUAUGGUUUUUGUGAUAACUGGUGCUAUUGUUCUGGGAAUUGGAAUUUGGACCAUACUUGAGAAACAUCAAUAUAUAUCGUUAUUAUCCAGCGGCACAUAUGCAGCUGCAGCGUAUAUUUUUGUAGCUGCAGGAAGUUUAGUACUUAUUGUGGCUUUAUUAGGUUGUUGUUCUGUUUUAAAAGAAAAUCGACCAUUACUUAUAAGUUACAUUUUUCUUCUGCUCUUCAUAUUUUUGCUGGAAGCUAUGGUUGGAAUAAUGUCGUACAUUUAUCGUGAGCAAUUAAAUGCAGAAUUAGAGCAAACAUUGAAUACAACAUUCUUAGAAAGCUACGCCAUUGAUCCACAUCGAACAAAGGCCAUUGAUUUAAUGCAACAAGAGUAUAAAUGUUGUGGUGCCAUACGGUUUGAAGAUUGGGAAUAUAGUCAAGCUUUUAAAGAAAAUAAAACUAAGUAUCCUACACCAGAUUCCUGCUGUAAAACACCUUCUUUAAAUUGUGGAAGAAGUAUUAGUCCAAGCAAUAUUUUCUAUAACGGUUGUUUAAAUCGUUUAACAUCAGAAAUGCGUCAACAUUUAAGCAUUUUGAGUGCAGUUGGGCUUGGUAUCUGUGUUGUACAAAUCUUUGGUAUAAAUUUAGCAUGUAGUUUGCAUCUAAAACUACGUCAUAUAUUGGACUGACAUUCGGAUAAUAACUCCGAACGGGUAUAUAUCUGUGAGAUUCAUGGAUCAUUACCAUUUGGAGAGCAUCAAUCGAAUUCCACAUUAGAUGAAGUAUUAAUGGAACAUAGUAGUUGUGUUGAUGUGCACAAUCCCUCUAGUGAGAAUAGUAUAGGAACACAAAAAACUUAAUAAUAUGAAAAAGAAAAAAAUUGU